AUGGCUGUGACCAAAGCCGCAAAUGCUAUCGAUGGCUCAACCAUACGCCCUUCAGAACUUGACGAGAUACAAAAGCGAUAUAAAAGCGAACGCGAAAAGCGGCUUCUUACCGAUGGCCGGGCACAAUUCCUCGACCAUGAGACAGUGGACAAGUUUGCCAAGGCUAUCCAUAAUGCAUGGCCAGAUCCAGUGUACGACAACAUGAAGCCUACCCUCAGAGAUGGCUCACGAUGUGAAUUUCAGUUUUUUGGGGCCGGAUACGGGUCUCUUACAUCUGCAGUCCGGUUUCUGGAUGCUGGAGUGGCUCCCGAGGAUAUCAGAUUUGUUGAUACGGCUGGAGGAUUUGGCGGGACUUGGUGGCUGAACCGUUAUCCCGGACUCAUGUGCGACGUUGAGAGCUACAUGUAUAUGCCGCUGGUCGAAGAGACAGGCUAUAUGCAGAAGUGCAAGUACUUGUACGGCCCCAAGCUGCGAGAACAAGCCGAAAGGGUCGUGAAAAAAUGGGGACUUUUCGAGAAUGGAUUGUUCCGUGUCAAGGCUAUGAGUAUGACCUUUGAUGACGACAAGGGAGAGUGGGUUACCAAACUCGAAAGUCCUAGAGCUGGAGAAGAGGGCAAGCAAACCACAGUCCGCUCCAGGUUUGCUUUUAUAAAUACUGGAGUACUGAACUGGCCCAAAAUCCCUCGGGUACCCGGAGUCAACAGCUACAAGGGCCAUGUGUUCCACACUUCCGUCUGGGAUUACGAAUAUACGGGAGGCUCAGAGCGGGACCCGCGCCUGACGAAUCUCCGAGACAAGAAAGUAGGCAUCGUUGGUACUGGUGCUACAGCCAUCCAGGUAGUACCUCAUUUGGCAGAAUGGGCGAAAGAGCUUUACGUUUUUCAGCGUACUGCAUCUGCAGUAGACACCAGAGGGCAGCGUGAAACGGACCCGGAGUGGUGGAAAGAGUAUGCUUCUAAGCCGGGAUGGCAGAGAGAGAGGAGAUUGAAUCACGGCAAAUUUAAUCACAAUGAGUAUCCUCGACCGGCUGUUGAUUUAGUUGAUGACCAGUGGUCCACGGUUCCAAGCUACUCGGGGCUUAUUGGCAGUCCCAAUGCGCCCAAGUCGCCAGAAGAGAUUCCACCAUAUCUGGAAAAGCUUCAAAAGAUGGAUCUCAUCCUUCAGAAGCGAGUGCAUGCCUGUGUCGACGAGAUUAUCAAGGAAAAAGCCACCGCCGAAUCCCUAAAGGCAUGGUACCCAGGUUGGUGCAAGCGCCCGUGCUUCCACGACGACUAUCUUCCCAGUUUCAACCAGGAGAAUGUGACUCUCGUGGAUACGGAUGGAAAAGGCAUUGAAGGGCUCACCGAAAAGGGCAUUGUCGCGCUCGGUAAAGAAUACGAUCUCGACGUCAUCAUAUGGAGCACUGGCUAUGAGAUCUUUCUUCCAGACAGCCCAGGCAAAAAAGCACGUAUUAACGUUACGGGUCGAAACGGCCGCAGUUUGGAUGAAAAGUGGGAUGAGAAGAUUUCCACGUUAUAUGGCGUCCAGACCAAUGGCUUCCCAACUUGUUUUGGCUGGGUCUGA